GUCACGUAAACUGGUAGUUUUUUUAAGUUUAAUAAAAUGUCAUGUGAGACUCGAGAGUUAGAGACUCAUUAUAAACUUUUACUUUUCAGUUUUCCCACCGAGGCUCACAACAAUAGCCUCAGCUGGAGCUAUUCACGUUUAAAGGUUCCUGUUUGACGUGUGGAGGCUGAGCAUUGAUGCUAGAACAGCAGGGAAAGGACGCGCUCCAUAUUGAGAGCCAUUCUCUCUCUUCGUUUUUUAUAAUUUACUGUUUUCAUUUGUCCGCACAGGAACACACACACACACACACACACACACACCGUCCCUCCUUCGUGUUUUGUCAGGAAUGUUCAUGUGUGUUGUAUUGAUAACGCGGGUGUGUGUUCCGUUUGUGACAUGUGAGAGAACCGAUAUGAGUAAACCAGCGCCGGGAAUGGAAACACGGUGAGGACAGGAGAUUAUCAUGGCGGACCCAGAAGUGUCAACACAGAGUGGGGGCUAUGAUGUGGAGCUGUUUGUGGACACUCCAGACUACGAUUUGAUCUGCACCAUAUGCCAAGGGGUCCUCAGGUGUCCAGUAAGAGCUGCGUGCCACCACAUCUUCUGCAAGAAAUGCAUCUUACAGUGGCUAAAGAGGCAGGAGACCUGCCCCUGCUGCAGAAAGCCUGUUAACCCAAGUUUGAUCUUUGUCAUGUUCAAGCUGAGCAAAUCUAUUGGACGCAUGAAGAUCAAGUGUAAGAAUGAAAUCCGUGGUUGUGCAGAGACCUUCCCCCUCUCAGAGCAGUACUGCCACAGCAUGAGCUGUUUGUACGAGCUCAUCCCCUGUCCGUACCAGGGCUGCCGGGCACAGCUUCUCCGCAGGGACCUGGACACCCAUGCACGCCACUGUGAACACUGGCGUCAGCCCUGCCACAUGGGCUGCGGGACAAUACUCUCUCACCGCACACAGGCGCAACACAACUGCUACAAGCAACUGCGGCAGGAGUAUGAAGCCAGGCAGAGGAACCACAGGGCCAUUGCCACUGCCCUGCAGAGGAAGAUGAGGAGGAUGCAGAGCACCAUGGCCCACAUGAAGCGGCAGAUAGGGCUGAUCUGCGAGAGCCUUGAAGUGAUGGACGAUCUACACGAGGUAGAAGAAGAGGACCUAGGAGAGAGCAGUGGCAGCUCCAGUGGGACUAGCAACACCAGCAACUGCUGAGAAAAGAGUUGUUUACUGCUGCUGGUUGGCUACUGCUGUGUAUAAUUUCUGAACAUGUUUAUUUUUUUAUUUUUUCUUUGAAGGUGUGUGUGUGUGUGUGUUUGAAUAUGUAGGUAGUGAUUCAAAUGAGUGAAUUUGUAACAAUUUUGUGCUGUAGUUUUUUUUAUAUU